AAGUGUAUGACAUUUUUUUUAUUUUGCCCAUCUCGAGUAUUCAGUGUUCGAAGACUUUCAUCUCGCGAUCAGCGAGAGCAGCGCCAUUCCUUUUGGGUGAAGAGAAAUCGCCGCCAUGGGUCGUAUGCACGCACCUGGAAAGGGUAUAUCCCAGUCAGCAUUGCCUUACAGGCGAAGCAUAGCAACAUGGUUAAAACUGUCGCCAGAAGAUUGUAAAGACCUUAUAUUCAAAUUGGCGAAAAAGGGUCACACUCCAUCCCAAAUUGGUGUGAUACUUCGUGAUUCUUAUGGUGUUGCGCAGGCGCGUUUCCGCACAGGAAACAAGAUCCUCCGAAUCCUGAAGAGUCUGGGACUCGCACCCGAAAUUCCAGAGGACUUGUAUCAUUUGAUCAAGAAAGCGGUGGCGAUUCGCAAGCACUUGGAGAGAAACCGCAAGGACAAGGACAGCAAAUUCCGUUUGAUUCUGGUAGAAUCCAGAAUCCACAGGCUCGCUCGUUACUACAAACAAAAGAGCGUUCUUCCUCCCAGUUGGAAAUACGAGAGCUCGACAGCGAGUGCCCUUGUAGCUUGAUUUCUUACGUUAUAUUUUCAACAUCUUUCAAUAAAUAAGGUCUAUCGAU